AUGGUCUGUGGUGAGGAGGCAGUUGGUCACGUAUAUCCUCCUGAUGGUGGAUAAGGCUGAUUCAUAGUGCUACUCUAUCUGCAUUUCUUGUGUUUUAGGCUGUCAUUUGGUGUGAUCAAGCCCUUUGGGGUGUUUUUCAUGGAACACUUUGCAGUUACAGCAGCAGGCAGCUCAUGGAUUCCAUCCAUCUUUGUAGCAACUGUAGCUCCAGUUGGCUCUGUGUUCAGUGCAUGUGUUGGCCACAGAGUUACGGUGAUGCUGGGAGGACUGCUGAGCAGUGUGAGCAUGGUGGCUGGAGCAUACAGUCAAAAUCUGUUCCAGCUUUACAUCACUGUGGGCUUUGUGACUGAUGCGAUGUAUGCUCUGACCUGGACCCCCACUGUCACCAUGCUCGGCUGCUAUUUUGAGAAGCAAAGGCCUGUCUCCAUCGCACUGGCCGGCACAGGUGAUUUUCUCUUCACACCUUUCUUCCAAUUCCUGGUAGACAAUUAUUCCUGGUGGGGUGCCAUGCUAGUGUUAGGAGCUGUGCAGUUGCACUGCGUGUGUGGUACACAGCUGAGGCCACUCACUGUUCAUCUCUGAUGAGCUCCAAACAGACUCAAGCUACAGUCACUCUCCCAAAUCCACCAUGAACCACAGGAGGCUUCUGAUUAGAACGCAGAUUCUUGAACAUCAGCAGUACACCAGAAGCCCUAAAGAGAAAGAUUCCAUACUAUGUGAACUACAUAAGCGCUUGGCUUCUUUGCUCCUGCUCUCUUCCUAGUGUCUUACACCCUUACUCAGGGUAUAACGAAGUACCAGACUUCUGUUAUUUUGUCCAUUUUCAGCAGCUCCUGCCCUGAUUGGCCAGGUUAGUUUGGCUGAGUGGUAAAACUGAGGUUGGUGGAAAUUAUUCAUAAGCUCACAGUAAUUAUGAUUAUUUUCUGUAUCAUCUGGCUUUUCUGUCUGUUAGCCAUUACAUUUACUCAGCUGGCAUUGUUCCGUGCUCCAUAUGGCCUGGUGUUUGGAACCACCAUGACUGUUCAUAUCACUGUGCUGAAAGCAGAGUGCAGGUGA